AUGUCUCCAGCCCCAGUCGGCGAAAAAUGGUGGAAGAACGCCAUCAUCUACCAAAUCUACCCGGCCAGUUUCAAAGACUCCAACAAUGACGGAAUUGGCGACAUCCCCGGCAUCAUCUCCUCUCUCGACUACAUCACCAGCCUUGGGGUUGACGUGAUCUGGAUCUCACCCAUGUAUGACAGCCCGCAGUAUGACAUGGGGUAUGAUGUCGCCGACUAUGAGAGUGUCUACCCACCAUACGGCACAGUCCAGGACAUGGAGGUUCUCAUCGAAGAGUGCCACCGUCGCGGCCUGCGCAUUAUUCUGGACCUGGUCGUCAAUCACACCUCGCACGAACACAAGUGGUUCAAGGAAUCACGGUCGUCCAAAUCAAACCCCAAGCGAGACUGGUACAUUUGGAAGCCUCCAAAAUACGAUGCCAGUGGAGCCCGCAAGCCCCCAAACAACUGGCGCAGUAUCUUCGGCGGGAGUGCUUGGGAAUGGGACGAGCAAACCCAAGAAUAUUAUCUUCAUUUGUUUUGCACGGAACAGCCAGACCUCAACUGGGAGAAUGCAGAGACCCGCCGUGCCGUGUAUGACUCGGCCAUGGAGUUCUGGCUGCAGAAGGGUGUCGAUGGAUUCCGUGUGGAUACAGUGAACAUGUACAGCAAGCACCCAGAGUACCCAGACGCGCCGGUCGUGGAUCCCAAGUCUGAGACACAGAUAUCGCCCGCUUUGUUCUGCAAUGGACCUCGUAUUCACGAAUACCUCACUGAGAUGAAUGAGGUACUUGCCAAGUAUGACGCUAUGACGGUGGGAGAGCUGCCAAACACGCACACGGUCGAUGGCAUUCUGCGGUAUGUGUCCGCCGCGCAGAACCAGCUCAACAUGGUCUUUCAGUUCGAUAUCGUAGACCUCGGACAAGGGAAGGACUAUAAGUUCUUGACUACGCUGCCGGGCUGGACCCUGCCGGAGCUCAAGGCCGCUGUCAAGGGUACUCAAGUUAUCAUGAAGGGGACAGAUGGGUGGUCCACAGUGUUCAUGGAGAAUCACGACCAGGGUCGGUCCAUCUCUCGGUUUGGCUCCGAGAAGACCCCAGAAUUGAGAGUCACAUCGGCGAAGAUGCUUGCGAUGAUGCAGGGCACAUUGUCAGGCACACAAUUCAUCUAUCAAGGCCAGGAAAUUGGCAUGGUCAAUGCGCCGGAGAGCUGGACCAUCGAGGAAUAUAAAGACGUCGACAGCACAAACUACUACCAAAUGGUGCAGAAUGUUUCAAAGGAUGACCCGGUGGAGCUGGAAACUGCUAUGAAGUCACUCCAGCGCUUUGCGAGAGACCACGCCCGGCUUCCUAUGCAGUGGAGCCCGGAGGCUAACGGUGGUUUCUCUUCCUCAUCGGCAAAGACAUGGAUGCGUGUCCACGAUAACUACCCCGAGAUAAACGUGGAGGUGGAGGAGAACGAUCAGUCCUCUGUCUUGUCAUUCUGGAAACGGGUGAUUCAGCUGCGUAAAGAAUACGCCGACCUCAUGGUCUUUGGGGAAUUUGAGAUCCUGGACGAGCAAAACGAGAAGGUGUUCACAUAUAUCAAGCGAGGGCCGGAUCAGUCAGUUUUGGUAGUAUUGAACUUCUCCGAAGAGACACUGAAAUUCGAGAAACCCGCUGCUGUGCAAGAUCCGAAGGUGUUGCUGCGUAAUGUUGAAGGGGAUCUGAACGAGUUGCAGCCGUUUGAGGGACGUAUCCGAGCGUCAGGCACGUGCCAAGGCGCCAAGGCACGGAUUCAAUAUAAAACCUGGGGUAAGACAGGCGGGGCCGACGAUGUCUCUUCCUACCGACAUCGCGCGCUAGACCCAUGCAUUUACCACCGUACGACCAUGGAGGACUACCGUCGACCCCGAGUGCACAAGGCAUGUGACGCAUGCGGGCGAAGGAAAGUCCGCUGUAAUGGUCAGCAACGAUGCCAGCAAUGCGAGCACUUGGGCCUAGUUUGCACAUACACCGAUAAUCGGCUUGCGCGAUCAAGAAAGCAUUCACUGCGUCGAGGAGAGAUUAUCUCGAAACAUAAAACGGAGUCAUCGCCAAACUCACUUCUCGCUCCUGCGUUAUCAUCAGUUUCAGCCUCGUACUUUGAAAGCCUGGUCUCGGAAUACAUGCGUUUCGUAUACCCAUUCAAUCCCAUCAUGACCGCCGACGAGGUGCAGGAUGCAAUCGGCAAAAUGGACUCUGACCGAGAGAACGCGGCAUUUGUAUACGCAUUUGCCGCGGCGACUAUUGACCUGACACAAUCCAAUCGCCCCACGUCCAGCGCCUCGACGCAGGUCACCCAGCUCGUCAACCAAGCCAUCGAAAUCCAGCCGCCAAUGUUUCUUGGAUUCCGGCCGUCCAUCCUGCGCACAAUGACGAACAUCUUUAUCCAGAUGUGCUUCAUGAGCCUCGGCCAGUACGACCUAGGCUUUGUAUAUUUGCGUGAAGCCAUCGCCAUGAUCCACCUGCUACGGAUUGAGGACAAGACCGUUCUCGGAAGUCUCCAUCCUACCGAACGAGCCCGACGGCAACGUCUGUACUGGUUAUGCUUUAUCCACGAACGAUUCAUUUCGAUCGUUCACUUCUCUCCCGCCACUCUGUCCCCCCACGACUCCUUCCCUGAGGCUGACCCCAACCUACCCCCCGGAAUCUCCCAGGGCUGGACUCAAGUCAUCAAGACCUUCCUUAUCCUCGAGCCAACCUUCAUCAACCUCUGGAUUGGUGAUAGAAGCCAAGUCUCUGCGAAAUGGGUCGAGCAAAAGCACCGCGAGCUGGACGAUGCCCGCUGGGAGCUCGAAGUGUCGAUGUUAUCCGAGACGCAGCAAGCCGAUCUCGUCAUCACCAGACAAUGGAUGCGUACUCUUCUCUGGCAGAUGGCCAUGUCCAACUGCCUUUUGUCCUCCCGUCCUCUCUGUCCGUCUCUGUCCCUUGAACUCCCGCUCCGACUCUCCAGCCAGCUGAGACAAUUCCUGACUAAGAUCUCGCAAAAUACGAUCCGCGUGCACGGGUCAUCGAUCCUCACCAAGUUGGUGGAGAUCAUUAAUACCAUCGCGGAUGUAGUUAUCCAUCUUCCACAGACGUCGCUGGAGGUCACGACUAGUCGUAUCGGGGAUAUCGUAUUUAUGAAGGGUGUGGUGUUUUCGUUUCAUAAUUUCCAGCAGGUGUCGAAGGAUAUCCUUAUUGAGAAGUUCGGCUUGAUUAGGGAUAGGUUUCCGGGAAUUGAGGCUGCUUGCGAGUUGACUGCUUAG